AUGGACGACAAGGUGAGCAGUCCGCAACAGCGCUCCAGCGACGCGUCCGAGGUUCUGGGCCACAUCCGUGGGUACUACAAGGAGGCGCUCGGCCGGCUACCGGUGAAGGAGAUGCCGGAGCUCAUCCCCUCGCUCCUCGGCACCGGCUUCUGCUUCGGGCUCCUCGACCCCGUCUCCAACAUCAUCUUCAACACCGUGUCCAGCAGCAAGGACGACGGCCCCACCAAGAAGAUGUCCAAGAAGAGGAAGAGAAGGUCGCAGAUCGAGGCAGACCUGCUCGAAGACUCCAGCGACGGCGACGGCGAUCUGUUCGAAGAUUCCGGCGACGGCGUCGUCCAGCGGUCGCUCAGCGGCCUCGUCACCUUCCUCGUCUGCCGCUUCCGCUACCUACACAGGCGGGAAGCUCUGCGCUACCUGCGGCUGGCCAAGGCUGAUCUCGAUUUGGCCGCCCGCCUCGUCCAGCUCGACCGUGGGAUUACAUCGGCCAUCUGCUCCUCCCCCCUUACCACCAAGAUAGCCCCCUUGACCACCGCCGUCACGGUGGCCCUCAAGUGCGCCGCCACCACUGCGAAGCACCCCUGCCCUUCCACAUUCACGGCCACCUGGUCAUCCAUGUCAUCCCCUCCGACUUCAGCACCAGACACCACCGAUCGUCUUCAGAAGCUGCUCCCCACUUUACCUCAGCCGGGGCUCGGGCUUGGCCACCUCGAUGCGUCUCAGAUUCGAACUCUAAGAUCGCAUCUCACUAGGUGGAUGAAAUGCAAGAAGGGGAUGAAGGUUCCCCUUGAACUAAGAGCAUCAAUCAGCUCUGUGCUUCUGGAUAAAAUCCACAGUAUCUACCUCGAGGCAAUUGCAAACCUUCCAAGGGACGCCUUGUGCGAGCGCCACCAUCGCGGCCUCCUCAAGGCUGGUUACUGCUUCGGCCCCAUUGAUGACCCUGUCUCCAACGUCCUACUCAACACCAUUUGGUAUGACACUGCAUUCCCAGCUCAAGAUGAGUUUCUGAUAGACAUGCUCUGCACUAAAAGCCUUGCACGCUUGGAACAACGGUCAAUGGCUGGCCUUGUGACAUUUGUUCGUGCCCUAUUCCCUGAACUCGCCGAGAAUGUCGCCAUGUUAUAUCUACUUAAGGCCAAUGCCAACCUUCGUGAAGCCAUUUCAAAACUGCAGCUAGAAGAUCAUCAUUUGUCUGGAUCCUAUAAGAAAGCGUACAAGAUGGCCGCUCAGGUAGCAUGUCAUCCCAACCCAAAAGCGCUACGAGAGUUUGCCCUGUCAACUGCGCCAUCAAUCAUGUCCUCCGUACGAUCACUUGUGAAAACCACUGCACACACGUUAUCCUCCAGAGAAGUCGGUGACAUCUCUGCCCUGUUGGCAUCUCUAAGGCCGUCAGUCCAGAAAGUUCCCAAAUUGACGCCCUGUGCGUCUAGUUUUGUCUCACGCCGCCAGGCAAGGUUCGAGGAUGAUCAAAUUUUCUUUCGUGACACGGUUGAAGCUGCACUGAGAGAAUUUUCAAAGCAAUCUGUGGAGGAGAUUGAGUAUCAGCUUCAUGUUAUAUGUGGUGUGGAUGCACAAGUAACAGAGAAUGGGGAGUACGGUUUCUACGACCUCGUAGAUGGAUACCCAUACUGUCAUAUCAACUUCUAUGCAGCACCAAAGGGUUCACCUUCUGAAGCUGGCACAGCCCCAACUCUGUUUUUCGUUGAAUGUAGCAAUGUUGAUGAAGAUGAAAAUGUGCUGCGUUGUUUUGUGGUAGAUCCAUCAACUGAUGAUGGCCGUUGUUACCACUGUGAGUAUAGAGGGACCAGACUUGUGCAUCCUUCUUCUGGAACAUACCAUGGGUGUGAUGCAGAGUUUGAAGAAAUUGCUUCUGAUGGAUAUGGACUCACCAUUGAUGAACUUAUCUACCAUGGGAUGCGCAGAAGUGAGUUUAUGGGCUGGUUGCCUGAAGAGGAUUCAAUCUAUUUUGAUCCACGAUGGGACGUAAAAUUUGCCCAUUAUAUAAAUGAUGCUGCUAAGCCAGGGAGAACACCUGUUCAGUCAAACGGGCUGAUCGCACCAUAA